AUGACCGACCCUUCCCCUGCAAAAAGUCAACCGCCGGCUGCAACAUGUCCAAAGCUUAACUUGAUCGGGGCCGGUGGCGGCGGGGGCCCUCUUCGCCCAUUGCUGACGAGUGCCGCCCCGGCGGCCGGGAAGGCUCCGCCAGCAUUACUACUAUCGUGUGGUGGUGAAGCUGGGUUUGGAAGCUACCAGACCCGAGACUUUUUACUUGCACGGCUGGAGUUGGCGACUGGAGCCGAAGCUGAUAUAUCUCGGCCGACCCGCCUUGAACCCCCAAACGACAAAGCCGUCACUCUGCCGCGGCUGAUGGUGCGGAUGCUGAUGCCCUCCCGCUCGUGCGACGGAAAUGUCACAGUCAUUGGACUGUUCGCCAGAUUAUGA